AUGGGAAGAGAUAGGAAGAGAAAGCUUAGCUCGGACGACCCAGUCGGUCAACCCACGCCUCAAGGAUUCGGCGUGGCCGAUACCUUGUCCCGUCUGCAGAGCGAUAACCCGAGCAGCGAAGGUUCGAAUGGCAGCCAUGCGUCAAAGAAGCGCAAAAGAGUGGAUGGCGAGAAAGUCAAGUACCCAGAUCUCACAUACGCCAAUGGAAAAUUACAGGCACCUAUCCGAAUCGCCGAUCUCCAGGGAUUGCUGCUCUAUUGCUUCGGUGAUGGCAUCGCGCCCCAAUGGAUCUCCAUGAAGCAUUCUGGCCAUGUGCGCAAGGUGGUUGUACUGAUGGUACCUGGCCUGGAAAUGGGCAUGUUUGAUGGGACAAUCCCCGUGCAGCAAAAGUCAGCCACCGGAGAGCAAGAGACAAAGGAACCCAAGUCGAAUCCGCCGGGAGCCACCGAGGAGGAACCCAAAGACGAACACACUGCCGAUUACGAACGAUGGAAACAGGGCCUCCCAUUGCCAGAUCGCUCGCAUCGCUUCAAUCCUCGAUCCCUCACACGCGAAAACCUCCCUGAACCACUUCAGCCGCUGGCUGACAUGUUUCCUCACAUCUGGCCCGUCAAGGCACCAGGGGACAACAAAUACAACAAGGUCCAUUCGCCACUGCAGGCCAUUCUCAUGUCCUCACCCCCGAAGGCCAAAAGUGAUGACUCCCAUAAGGGCGCACGGCCCGCAAAAGUUGAGAAAGGCUUCGUUCCGAAACGAACACCAAUCACAACUUUCGUCACUUCACGCGAGGAUCUCCUGGAAAAUGACUUUAUUCUACAUCCUGUUUUCUUCACCUCCGAUGAAGAAAAAUCCUCCCAGGUGGAGGCUCGUCAACGGAGCGGGCAAUCGGCGGAAGAUGGAUGGGUGGAUACUCGAGUUCCAACCCUGGAGUCUGCUCAACCACCUGAUGCUGAAAUUGAAAGUGGCAGCGUCACUGUUGGUCGGGAUGUUUUUGCGCUCGACUGUGAGAUGUGUAUUACCCAGGGGGGUCAGUCCGAACUCACGCGCAUCAGCAUGGUUGGCUGGGAUGGCGAAGUCGUCCUGGAUGAACUGGUGAAACCAGCACGGCCGGUAAUCAACUAUCUGACACGUUACUCUGGGAUCACCCCAGAGAUGCUGGAACCUGUCACCACGACCCUUGAUGAUAUUCAGCAACGACUCUUGACUCUUCUCACGCCGCGUGCGAUCCUCGUGGGACACUCCCUUAAUUCCGACCUUACAGCACUCAAACUUGUCCACCCUUUCAUUGUCGAUACCAGCAUCAUCUACCCGCACCCGCGCGGUCCGCCACUCAAAUGCAGCCUGAAAUGGCUCACCCAGAAAUACCAAAACAAGCAGAUCCAAAAUGGAAUGGCCGGGCAUGACUCCAUUGAGGAUGCCCGUGCUGUUCUUGAACUUGUCAAAUUGAAGUGCGAGAAAGGCGAGCGAUGGGGCACGAGUGAGGUUUCCAACGAGAGCAUCUUCCGUCGGCUGUCGCGCUCUACUCGACCAAGUCAUGUCCCUCGCCCUGGCGAAGAACGAACAGGGGCCGUGGUUGACUGGGGCAACCCGGAACGUGGGUUCGGUGCCCAGGCAACCGUCUCGAUUGGAUGCCGGGAUGACGAUGCAGUCGUCAGCGGUGUCUCAGCGGUAAUCAACGGCGACGAGUCCAAUCCCUCUAUCCCGGCUGGUGGUGUUGACUUUGCCUGGGCUCGCAUUCGUGAUCUUGAAUAUCUUCGUGGUUGGUGCAGCCGUCUCCCCGACCCCAACAACGCCAACGAAUCCACAACCCUUUUCCCUCCUCCUGAAGAAACCACCCCGACCACAAGCACCGGCAAUGGGGAUUCCACCGAUCUUCCGCAGCUUGAAGUCUUGACUGACACUGUCACUCGGACGGUCUCUAACAUCUCGCGCAUUUACGACUCUCUCCCCCCUUGUACCCUUUUCAUGGUUUAUUCUGGCACAGGUGAUCCACGUGAAGUGGGCCGUUUACAGUCAGUUCACAAGAAGUACCGCGAGGAGUUCAAGUCUGGCAAGCCAUGGAAUGAGCUGACAUACAAAUGGACCGACGUUGAGGAACAAGCUCUGAAGAAGGCCUGUGAGCGUGCUCGCGAAGGUUGCGGUUUCAUGUGCGUCAAAUGA